AUGGCUGGUCUCUCGCCACGCGAGGUGAGGGAGCAGAUCCGCACGGCCAAGUGGACACGUCCGACCUCGGGCCUGUGCCUCGGCUACCAGCAAGCCAAUAUGGUGAUCAUGCCGGCCAAGUACGCAGCCGACUUUGAGGCCUUCUGCCGGGCGAACCCCGGGCCGUGCCCCCUCCUUGCUGUCGUGCCUGCCGGCGAAACGGAGAUCAAGAAGCUGGCGAAGGGAAGCGAUGUGCGAACCGACCUCCCCAGCUAUCGCGUUUUCAAGGACGGGCAAUUCGUCGAGCAGGUGUCGGACAUAAAGGCGCUGUGGCGAGAUGACCUGGUGAGCUUCUUCCUGGGCUGCAGCUUCGGCUUCGAGCGCGCGCUUCAGGAGGGCGGCAUCGAAGUGCGCAACAUCACCGAGGGCAAGAACGUCUCUAUGUACACCACCAACAUUCAGUGCACGCCCGUCGGUCCGUUCAACUGCCCGAUGGUGGUCAGCAUGCGGCCGAUCCCUGUCGACAAAGUCGAGACGGCCAUCCAGGUGACCGGCAACAUUGCGUUGGCGCACGGCCGGCCGGUCCACAUGGGCGACCCGGCGGCCAUCGGCAUUCGGGACAUCGCGCAAGUCGACUUUGGCGACGCGGUAACGAUUCGUGACGGCGAGACGCCCGUGUUCUGGGCGUGCGGCGUCACCUCGGCCCUCGCCGCCCUGUCGGCCAAGCCCGAUCUCGUCAUCACUCACGCCCCCGGUUGUAUGCUGGUCACGGAUGUGCGGGACUCGGAGCACGUCGACGACGACGAACACGCCGCGUAA